AUGGAGGAUUCGUUGAUGAGAAUCUCCACGGAAUAUGCAUCCGAUGAUUUUGACGAAGCUGCCUACAUUGAAAUGGAUCCUACACUUUCUCCUUCAAAGAGUUUCUCUAACGUUAAUCCACAAGAUUUGAUCAGUUUUAAUUUUCCAACAUCAGCUGAGUCUCCAUUAACACUUGUUCAUGCUGAUGAAUUCAUAUCUAAAGGCUCAUCCCCUAUGCCUCUUCUCAUCAAUCCAAUGAAAAUGGAGAGUACUAAUUACUAUCAUUUAAAAACCAAACAAGAAGUGCACAGAGUUCUCUGCAUAUCAUUUAGGAGAUUUGGAAGAUUGUUCGAUUUUCUGAAGCCUUUGUGCCAAAAAAUAAGAUGUGAUUUUGGGUGCAAAAGUGGAAUUAGUACAAGUACAAUAGAGGGAGUGAAGAUUUAUUGUUCACAGGGGACAUCUCCAAGGACAAGCUUAACAUAUUCUGUUGAUGAUUGGCGCAGGUCUUGUGAUUCUGAGAGCUCCAUUUAUGAGGCUGUUCUUCAUUGCAAAAGAACUAUGGCAUACAUGACAAAAAACGGGGUAAUUGCGGCGGAUUUUUAUGCAUAUAGCGGCGGUUCCGAAUCGCCGUAA